UCUGUCUUGGCUGCGUCAUAACGCUGCUCCUCGCUGCUCCUCCCAGGCCAGACGGCUUCCGCGGCGGACCCGUUUUCACUUCCUGAGACCAUGGGCGCUCUCCUGAGUGGUGGCCAGGAUGGCCCGGAGCCCGCGCAGCCCCAGCCUCCAGCGCCACAGGGUCCGCAGCAGCCUCAGCCCGAACCUGGCCCAUGGGGGCCUCUGGACGACGUGCGCUUUCUAAUCGCCUGCACGUCCUGGUACUAACCUGGCCACUUCUGGCCUUCAUGCCCUCCUGAGCCUGGCUUUUAUCUCCUCACCCUGUCAUUUCCUGUCUUGCUCCCUCUGGGCAGAGAUUCAAGAAAGAUCAUGGAGAAUGAAAGUCCCACAGGGCCACCUCAGAAUUGCACCUCAACUUCAGAUUUGUUCCCUACCUCGACAGCCCCUAAACCAGCUCAUUCCCAAGCCCCUUUUCAGCUCUGCCCUUGGGCAGAUUUCCUGAAGCAGAAGAACCAGAUGAGGCCUCCUGGCAGGAUCAGGAUGCUGUUGAAUUCUGGUUUCUCCCUCGCUAGAACUGAGCUGCUGCAGAUGUCCCAGGCCAUGGCCCCAUGUGCCCUGUCUCCACUCCUUGCCACAGUGACCCUCCCAUACUCCUGAGGUUCCAGGGGGAGGGGGGCAUUGAUUGCUGGUUAGAUGCAUGAGUCAACUGCAGAAUUGCAUUCCCCAGUCACCCCUUUUUCCCCCCGAAGCUUCUUGAGGGCACACAUAUGCCCUGAUCUUUGUUCCCACACCCCAGGGAAAAGACACUGUAUUUCUGUUUUAUUUAGAAAUGGUUUAAAAAACAUUGUACAAAGGCUGAUCAGUUUAAAAUGUGACCGACACUGAGAUGCUGUGAUGUCACCCAGGCUGAAAGGAAGCUGAGCUCUGAGGGCUCCAGUGCUUUGCCCCUCUUAACUGCUCUGACCUGGGCUGAUGGACAAACAGAUGACCGCAGGCAGAAGAAUCCAAGAUUGGAAGCCUCAAGGCUGAGCCCUCUCUGGGCCCGGCCCUGCAUCCCGCACAUCUGCAGCCUGGGCUGCCUGCCUCCAUUCCCUGCUCUUUCUCUAACUGGCCUUGGAAUGCCAGGAGCCAGCAGAGAGCCUGCGGGGCCUAGAGCUUUCAAGAAGUGAGAGCACCAACCUGAGGAGAGGGACCAGGGAAUUGGGGGAGGGAGGCCCAGAAGAGAGGACUAGAAGAGACAUUUAUCUCAGGCCCUGGAAGGGCCCACAGAUGGGGACACAGACCCGGCAGGGGCAAAUAAGACCUUGUGCUUCAUCUGAGGGUAAGAUGAUUUUUACCCUCAGCCUCUCAGAGCCUCCGGGGAUUUCCAUGUGAGUGGACAGGUGUGAACUAAUAAAGUGCUUUGCAAAGUAUAAAA